AUGUCCACCAAGGCAUACUCGGGCGGGAUUGGCUUUCCCUGGUACCUGGCUUCAGGGUCGGGUGGCUGUACGAAUCCCUGCGCCAUAGUCUUCUUCCUCCCCGUCGUGCCUGAGGGCACCUGUAGCAUGCCAAGUGUUGGCACCUGUAGCAUGCCAAGUGUUGGCUCCGUGAUCUCAUUGGCUGGGUACCUUUGGGGUUGUGAGUCGCACGCCCCCUUCUCGCGUAGCCCUGCGCCGCCGCCAGUAUCUCGAAGAGCAGAGCGCCGCCGCCCCUGGUUCGUCUCGCGUGCCUGCGACUCCCUGCUUGCCCUCCACCUUUCCCAGCGCCGCUGGAAGGCCCCUGCGCCGCCCUUCUUGGAGUGCCGCCACCAGGAACAUCACGAGCACCUUGUGCCCCCUUCUUCUCGUCGAAUUGCAGGAGCACGAAGCCAAGACCCUGCGCCGUUUCUGCUGCAGCUGUGCGCGCUGCCCCCUGCGCGCAUCCGCUCCCAACCAAUCUCGCGCAGAACGCUGACUUCCAGGCGCAGUGCUACUGCAUGCUGGAGCCGAUCGCCCAGGUCUGCAGCGAUCUGGCCUCCUGCCCGAGCCCUACGCUUCGCCUGCUGUCAUGGCCCUGGGAAAUCACGAGCACAAGCGUCCUGCAUAACGUCUCAUCUCACUCGUUUCCGGCUAUGUGAUCGUCACCGGAAGCCACGGUUAUGUGCAGAUCGCCGCCGCCGUCUCCGAGCAGACCAGCGGCGCCUCCUUCCCGGCGAGAUUCCGGCUGCUUCGAAAGGAACGCAGUUCGAGAGCUCUGAAGAUGAAGAGUUGCAAGAGCAAGAGUUGAAGGCUCUUAGCAGUUAUUAUCUGGAUUUAAGGCAAGUAUAUUCCUUGAUCAUAUUUCUGUCCUAAUAACAUUUAUUUUAAGCUUGCAUGCAUUAAUAUUGAUGGGUACCUAUUGUCCUAUUUGAUUAUCUUUGUCGUUGAAUAGCCGGGUUCUUUUAUUAAAAUCUUUUGGGUAGUUUGCUUAGUUGCUGAACAAUGAUUAUGGGUGGUUUACAAUAAUGCUACUUGAGACAUGAUUCUAUAUUCUAUACUCUUUUGGAACAAUAUGAUGAAUUUGUGAACUUGAUUCGAAUCAACCAUGGAGCGACCACCCGGGAAAACAGCGCAACCAUAAGGACUACAUGGCUCUGUUCUUGGUUGAUUAAUUAGAUUUCUCUAGCAUGCUAGUAGCUUACCGAAAGGCGCAAGAGGGGGGACUAGGUUUAAGAGGGGUACUCGGCCUGCCAAAGGGGUUGCUACGCCUACGGGGUACACUCGCUUUGGGGGAGGGUGCACUCGCCUAGCGGCUGAAACUUUAGCGGGCUACUACUUGUUAGGGAGUCUUUGUAAAAGCCUCGUAGCAUCCCUACGCAGCCAUACCUAAGGAAGUGUGGUAUUGUGCCUAAUCAGCACAUGCGUGGUUGGGU